AUGGUUUGCUAUUAUUGUGGCAGCACGGGGUACAAGAUCAAAGAGUGCAUCGUCAUCGAGCCGAUUUGCUUCUUAUGCUUAAAGAGCGGUGUUGAAGCCUGGGAGCACCUUGCGGGUUCAAGGCCCUGCAAAUCUUUCCAGGAGGCCCUUGCAACAGUAAAGACGUUGGAAAAAAAUGAAAAAGAGAAAAGGUGGAGUGUACUUCAGGGUGACCUGAAUACGAGCAGGACGGCGCAUCACCUUCUACCCCAGCUUUGCUUUGAGAAAAAGGCUGUUAUUGUGCUAAUCAGCGAGCAGUUCCAAGACAGAGCAGGAGUAGGAUGGUUCGCAGACGAAUUGGGUACCGCGGCCAUCUGGAUGUCAGAUCACCGACUAAUAAAUGUGUCGGACCAAGGAUCCGGACGCUGUUACGUUUGGGUGAGACAUAACUCGGCGACUUAUGUCAGUGUAUAUCUCACUCCGAACGACCGGAUAGACGACUUCCAAAUCAAACUGGACGUGCUGGAAAACGCGCUGCGGGAAAUGCAAGGGGAUCUCAUUGUGGCUGGAGACCUCAAUGCCAAAGCUCUCGAUUGGGGGGAGGCCAGGCCGGACUCCAGAGGAAGACGUAUCAUGGAGGUGGCGUCGAGACUGGAGCUAUCAGUACUCAACACAGGUUCGACUUCAACCUUCCGCAGGCCUGGUUACAGAGAGACGAUCCCGGAUGUCUCUCUAACCAACGAACACCUUGUGGCAAGAUUCGCAGGCUGGCAGGUGAUCGAGGAUUAUACCGGGUGCGAUCAUCAGUACAUCCUAUUCGAUGUACAUGAUAGGAGGCCAGCCGUGACAAGUGUAAAGCGACACCCCGGUGGAACAUUGCAAGAAUCGAGUCUAUCGCCACCUGCAGAAGCCAUGUUGAUUAGCGCAGCAACGCAUGCAGAUCAUCUAAAUGCGUGUGCGAUAACAGUGCCAAAGAAUGGCACGAGACGGCAGAGACGCCCUGUAUAUUGGUGGACGAACGAGAUCGCAGAUCUACACUAUCAAGCGGCCAAGAAAGCCCUGAAGAGGACCAUUAAGGCCAGUCAACGACGGUGCUGGAAGGAGCUGUGCCAGGAUGUCGACCAGAAUCCGUGGGGAUUAGUGUAUGUCAUCGUCACUCGCAAACUGGGGACUAACUCGCAAGGGACCCCUCAGGACGCGAGGACGUUGGAUCACAUCGUGCAUACUCUAAUCCCCCCACAGCCGAAGAGAGAGAUCAGCUUGGAUGCGCCCGGAUUAAGCUAUGUACCGCAAUUCACGGAAGAAGAGCUACUCAGGGCCGUAUCAUCUAUGCGGAACAAGAAAGCUCCAGGUCCAGACAGACUCCCAGCAGAAAUAAUUAAAGUCGUCGCGCAGAGUCACCCUGAGCUAUUGCUGAACAUCAAGGGCAAGGGUCCAGUAGGGGCAGCUUCAUCAUACAGGCCUAUUUGUAUGCUCGAUACGGCUGGAAAACUCCUGGAGAAGCUGAUAAGGCCAAGGCUGCGAGCAGCCGUGAAGGCAGUGGGGGAUCUUGCCGGCCGUCAGUAUGUAUUCCGAUCCGGCCUCUCCACCAUCCACGCAGUCCUGGAGGUGGUCACGGCCGCGAAAAUGAUGGAGCGAGGCAAUCAUCGAACUCGACCUCUGUGCCUGCUAGCCACCUUAGACGUGAGAAAUGCCUUCAACUCCGUCAGGUGGGACCUGGCAAGGGAAGCGAUCGAACGUAAUUUCGACGUUGCGAAGUACCUACUGCGAAUAAUUGACGAUUAUCUAAACGAGCGCUUCCUAGUAUACGACACGAGUGAUGGUCCAAGAAGCUUGGAAUUGACAGCGGGGGCAGCCCAGGGCUCUAUACUGGGACCGGUUAUAUGGAAUAUAUUCUACGACGGUAUCUUUCGUAUGGCAGUCCCAAAAGGUACUUUCUUGAGACACGAAGGGGGUACAGUUGCUGCUCAACCAGGUCAUGCGGAGAGUUACCUCCUGGAUGGAAGACCACGAGCUAUCUCUAGCAGCCCAGAAGACAGAGAUCGUGCUAAUUACGAGGAAGCGCAUCAACACCUUGCGCAGCUUCAUUGUAGGAGAUGCGGCGGUCCAGACUAA